UAUAAACAGAUUACUUUUGCUUUUCCCUGCCCCCUCUCUCUAUAUAAACUAGACCCACUCCAUGAUCACCACACCACCACCAUUAACUACCAGCGCCACCAGUGUUUUAACUGUCAAAAAGUUUCAAGUAUCACAACCCAGAACACAUUCUUCUUGAUCCCAUAUCCUAACUUUCUAUCUCAAAAAUUAUUAUGAAACUGCUAGGCAACUCAAAUAAAGAACAACAACAAGCCGCAGCAGAAGAAGAAGACAUGUGUAGAACAAUUGAAGUCGCUUCUGUCGUUGACCUCUCUUCGCCGCCGGUAGCGCCUCCGGUCGCCGGAGAUGACCUCAGUCUUAUUCCACCCUUAAACUUCUCCAUGGUCGAUAAUGGUAUCUUCAGGUCUGGCUUUCCAGAUUCCGCCAACUUCACCUUUCUCCAAACUCUUCGUCUUCGCUCUAUCAUAUAUUUGUGUCCGGAGCCGUACCCAGACUCCAACAUGGAGUUUCUUAAGUCCAAUGGUGUUAGGCUUUUUCAGUUCGGGAUUGAAGGCCAUAAGGAGCCUUUUGUAAACAUUCCAGAGGAUAUGAUUCGUGAAGCACUCAAAGUUCUCCUUGAUGUGAGGAAUCAUCCUGUUUUAAUUCAUUGUAAACGCGGGAAGCACCGGACUGGCUGUCUUGUGGGAUGCUUGAGAAAAUUGCAAAGGUGGUGUCUCACUUCUGUCUUUGAUGAGUACCAGCGUUUUGCAGCCGCCAAAACUAGAGUUUCUGAUCAGAGGUUUAUGGAGUUGUUUGAUAUCUCUAGCUUGAAGCAUCUACCAAUGUCAUUUUCAUGCUUGAAGAGGUAGACAACCAAUUGUAUUUAAUGGCUUUUGCGUUUUUUUCCAUUAGGGGGACGAGAAUCUUAGGUCCUGCUCUCGAAUAACAGGAAAAGGUGAUGAGUUCCGGGAUUGCAUUUCAGCGGCAGAGGAAUUAUUCUUCAAUUUUCCUCCUUCAGGAUAAUAAAAAGCAUACAUAUUGCCCUAUUCUGUUGUUAAAACAGUCUUUCCAUACAUGCAACCAUUGGCUGUGUAGAUCCAUGAUCAUUCUUUCCUAAAUUCAUAGUUAGCUUUAGCUUUAUAUAAAGAUUUUAGAUGAUCGAUGCUGAAUCCUCAGCAUGAUUGAAGUUUGCAGCUCUUCUCUUUUGAAUCCGGUUGGUUAGUAAAGAUUAUUGUUAUAAAAUCUAAUCAAUCAAACUUUUGGUUGUAGAAGAGAAGAGCCAUAUAUCUUUUGAUCUUUUUAAUGUAAUUUGAUGGACU